AUGGAGAAUUGCAAUCCGGUAUCCACACCAUUGUUGAAAAAUGAAAAAUUGAUGAAAGAAGAUGGAAGUGGUGAUGCCGAUGCGGCACUCUAUAGAAGCUUGGCUGAAAAACUAUUAUAUCUUACUACUGCAAGACCCGACAUCAUGUAUGCUUCGGGAUUAUUGUCUUGUUUUAUGCAUCACCCAAGAAAAAUACAUUUUGGAGUUGCAAAGAGAGUGUUGCGAUAUAUUAAAGGUACAAAAGAUUUUGGGCUAAUGUAUGAAAAGAAGGAGAAUGAGAAAUUUAAGUUGUUUGGCUUCUGCGAUGGUGAUUGGGCCAGUCAUGUGGAUGACUGGAAAAGCACAUCCAGUUAUGCAUUUACACUUGGAUCAAGUGUAUUCUCAUGGGCAUCUAAAAAGCAAGAAAGAGUAGCACAUUUCACCAUGGAAGCCGAAUAUGUGUCAGCAAUUGAAGCUAUAAUACAAAUUGUGUGGUUGAGGAAUGUUCUUGGUGAUAUGGUGGAGAAGCAAGAUAAGGCCACCAUUCUAUUUUGUAAUGACAAAUCUGCAAUAGCAAUGUCAAAAAAAAUCCAUCUUCCAUAG